UGGACUCUGGGAGCGUUCAGGAAGGCAGAGAGCAGAUUUCCUGUUCAGACCCUACCUCAAAAAAAGAAAAACCUUAAGGGAGCAGGAGAACGAAGGGACGAGAGUGGAGAGACGGGAUGAGAGAGGAGGAGGAGGGUCAGUAAUGUGUUAAGCAGAGGAGAAAACACAGGCUGUAAUUUCUCUCCCCUCCCUGGAGCAGGGGAGGAAAAAAAAAAAAGAAGAAGAAGAAGAAGAAGAAAAAAGUUUAAAGCCUAAUGUUGUUGGACGUGAGCAGGACAUGGACGAGCCGAGAGGAACGGAGACGAGGUGGAGGAGAGAAACCGAGAAGCUCCGGAGGUCCGGCUGAGAAGAAAGUUUGAAGAGGAGAAAGACGAGGGAAGGACAGGAGGGGCUGAGGAGUGAAAAACGCCUACAGGAAACCGACUCCGAGUCUCUGAGUUACUUUUUCACUCUGCUUUUGUGUCUCUCGGGCUGGACAGAGGAGAGAAAAAAAAAAAAAGUGUCCGAUGUGGGGAGUGACGUCAGCCUGGUGCCGCUGAGCUCCAGAAUUCCUCUCCCACUCCGACACUCUGGACUCUCGGACACCAUGUGAGGCCGUGUGACUUUUUUUUUUUUUUGGGUCCAGAAUCUGUUUUUUUUUUUCUUUCUUUCUUUUCUCCGUGGCUUUGUAUUUCCUCUCGGCUUGUUCUUUCUGAUCUGGAUAAAGCCGUGAGCUCCUGAUGAAGAAUAAAGCUGCCAAGCAGAAGUCCAAGAGGAAAGGAAGUGAAAAUGCGUUCGGCUGUGACCUGACCGAGCACCUCCAGAACUCGGGACAUGAUGUUCCUCAGGUUCUGAAGACAUGUGCAGACUUUAUUGAGAAGCAUGGCGUUGUCGACGGAAUCUACAGACUCUCAGGAAUCACCUCCAACAUCCAGCGCCUCAGGCAGGAGUUCAGCUCGGAGCAGUGUCCCGACCUGACUAAAGAAGUGUAUCUGCAGGACAUCCACUGCGUCGGAUCGUUGUGUAAGCUGUAUUUCAGGGAGCUGCCGAAUCCCCUGCUCACCUACGAACUCUACCAGAAAUUCACGGAUGCCGUGUCGGUUACAGAGGAACAUGAGCAGCUCAGGAACGUUCAGCACGUCAUUAAAGAGCUUCCUAUCGCCCACUUCAGAACUCUGGAGUACUUGGUGAAGCACCUGGCUCACUUGGCCACCCUGAGCCACCAGACCAACAUGCACACACGCAACCUGGCCCUGGUGUGGGCUCCUAACCUGCUCCGCUCGAAGGAGAUCGAGGUGUCGGCGUGUAACGGUGACGAGGCUUUUCUGGAGGUUCGGGUUCAGCAGUCGGUGGUGGAGUUCAUCCUCAAUCACACGGAGCAGAUCUUCAACCCCGGAGCCGAUCCUCCGAGACCGCUGAAAGAAGGUGGGGCUGUAAGGUGUGUGGAGAAGUACGCUACGCUGCCGGCAGUGAGUCAGUGUCCACCGAUGAAGCUGAUGAGUCUGGAGGAAGCUCAGGCUCGAUCACUGGCUCCUAAUCACCCUGCGAGAACCGAGCGGCUCAGAGAGAACAGCCUUCCUGACACGAGCACCGCCGCCAUGUACCACACAGUCAUAGAGCUUAGUGAGAGCAAAAGGAGAAAGUCGAGGAAGUGGAAGUCCAUCUUCAGUCUGGGUCGAUCCGUCGCUGACAGCAAGGGGAAACUGAGUCGCAAUGGGAGCGUGUUCAUGAGAGCGCAGAAUGUCUCAGAAAAGCCUGGGAUACGGCCGUCCAAGAGCAUGGACUCCCUCUGCUCUCUGCCAACAGAUGAUGAUAAAGCCGUGUCACCAAGAGGAAAAAAUGGAUUCUUCGCUCCUGUGGCGAAAUCCCGAACCCUGGGUUCGGACAUCAACUACGAUCCUAGCGAACAGGAUCCUAACUGGGAAUUUGACUUGCGAAAAGCCUGCGGUGAAACCGGAGACAGUCCGAGCGCCGCUACAGUCCGAGAGACUAAAAACGCCUCGCCGUCGUCUUCUCCAUCCUCUUCGUCUUCCGCUUCGUCUCAGCUACAGCGCGCUCUUCCUGAGCAGCUGAAGGUGUACAAGGGGGACGAGGUGUCCACCUGCCGGCCCACGUCCCCGAAAAACCGCCGGAUGUUAUAUUCCGGCUCCUCGCACAACGGCUCGUCGAGGCCGUCUUUCCCGGGCAGCUUGUUCCCACUGGAGUCCUCGCCGAGGCAUCAACGUAAGGCGCUCAACAUCUCGGAGCCGUUCGCAGUGUCUGUACCGCUGCGCGUGUCGGCGGUCAUCAGUUCCAACAGCACCCCCUGCAGGGUGGCAGGGAGAGAGCGAGAGCGCAGUUUGGGAAGCGCUAGCUUUAGAGAGCCACACCCCAGCAACAGUGGGAGCUUUGAUUUCCGAGACAGGGAGAGAUUAUUUGGGGGCAGAGAGAACCCGCUCGGCAACAGCAGCGGAUACGGUAUCUAUAGCAACAGCAGCUCCGUCCCCACAGAGGAGAGUCAAAUGAAUGAGAGGAGCACCGGGGUGGUCCCCUCCGAAACAGCAGCACAGAGCAGUGAUGUGGAGGGAAAGCCUGGUGUAGAAAUGUCAGAGAACUUAAUGCCAUCUCAGUCUAAAGCAACAGAAAACCACAAAGAAAUGCCUCAAUCCUCCGGGAAGGAACUGGACGCCUCGUCAGUGCAGCUCACUGAGCCAAAAAAACUGGACCAACUGGACGUAGAGUCGAUCAAUCCAAAGCUGUGCUUUGAUCAUGAGCUCAGGAUCACCGAGUCUGAAGCAAACCUUUCAAAAGACCAAAUGAAAACCAGUGGCUCUAUGAGCAAGAUCGCUGGACAUGAUGGUGGCCUAAAUCUUACUGCGCAAGCUAAAAGAAGAAGCAGUUUACCCACUCACCCAGUGUCUUCAAAGGAACACUUCAAAGAUGUCAUGAAAGGUUUCACUGGGGAGCAUCCAGGUGCUACGUUUUUUAACGCGACGUCACAGGAAACAUCAUUCCAACACGACGUUGACUGGAAUUACUUAGAUGCUGAUAAAAAGGAUCAUAAGAGCUUGGAUUCGUUUGAGUCUCUGGACAUUAUGGCAAGCGAGCUGCGGCUCUCGCCCUUUCUUCAUCUGAAGGAGACGGAUAUUCUCCAAGACGCUGAUCCCUGGCCUUCAGAGCUUUCGUCUGAAGAUCCUUUAGCCAAGGAAAAAAAUGACAUUACUGCUGAUUUUUCUAGUCAUGAUAAACCAUCAGAUAAAAGUCCUGGUUUUUCAACGGACAAAAACAUAGACUUCCCAAAGGACCACAAUGACAACAAGAAAACUACCAGUAUUACUGUUCAUUUAACAACCAAAGCAAGGAAGAACAUUGAAAGGGUUUCAAAAUGCUUGGAAGAAAAACGCCUCACUAUAGAAAUUCCACAUCAAGAUGAUGAUGAUAUUUGGGGGAGUCAUUUAGCAGGACUGGAUCAAGUGGAGCCUUGGGAAGACUUGGACAUCGCCAAGCAGUGGGUCACAAGCCCGCUGCACUUAACCAAACUGGAAGAUCUUUUCCCUCUGUUUAAAACACCAACACCAGGUGCUGGAGAUGAAGUCAAAACUUCCACUGACUUAAGUGUGAAUCACUUGCAAAAAGACAAGGAGAUUGUAGAGAAAGCAUGUAAAUCAGGGGAUGCGCCAGAAAACACGGCCAUAAUCCGCGAACCUGGUCUUAAGCUCUCAUCCAUUAUCAAAACAGUAGAUGAACUGGGUCGUGAAGGUGUAACUGAGCUCUUACAUAAUGUUCCUGGGGAGAAAGUGGAGAUGAAAGAGGAGCUCCCACAGCCUGAACAAGCUAAGAGUACUGUCCACCCAGAAGAAACUACCAGAAUCCUAAAGAGAAACAGUGGUGCUGCAAAACCAAAGAAUUCUAUCUUACCUCAUAAGUUUCAGCGACAGGUAUCUCACGAGCCCUGCAUCGCGGAGAAGAACGAAGAAAACAUGGCCCCGAAACACAGACCAUACUCCCUUAACCUCGACUUGGGAAACCGUUGCAUCAGGGACAUCUCAAAUCAGCAGAACUUUGAUCUUACAGACCAUUCCUCUUUGCAGAGAGGGGUGAUAACCCCAUCUGGAACAAAGCAUGAUGGCUUGUCUCUGGAACUAGAGAUGUUCCUAAGGGAUCGCCAAGCACCCUUGCGACGCAACUCUGCACCAGUUAGUGUGUCUUCGGUGCGCACUGCAUUCAUGAUCAAAACAUGUCAGGCCAAAGCGGUGCCUGUUAUUCCACCAAAAGUUCAGUACAGCCACAUACCGCAUCUGGGUCAGCUGGAGAAAAGCAACCAUGAGCAAGACAAAAAGGAAAGUGUACCUGAGAAGAUCAAAUUAGAGAAAGCUGAUUCUUUACCUCCUCUCCAGACAGUAAAGGAUUCCAAGGAGGAAAGGGAAAACUGCAAACCUGUCACUAAGAUCCAAAGACAUGCAUCUAUGGAUAAAACGACAGAGAUGUGCAAGGCAGUGCCCACACCUGAGUUUCCAGUACUGAGAAGGAAGCGGUCUGCCAAUGGGGACUCCUUUAUAGAUUGUUCCAGGCCGGAAAGAUCUACCUUACUUCAAAGGUCUUCCUUCCGCAAUCGUCCAAGACCUCAGAGCCUGAUUCUCUUUAGUCCUCCCUUUCCUAUCAUGGACUAUCACCCGCCGGGGGAUGACGGAAAACACGUCCUGUCACCUAUCAGGAGUUCUGCUGAAACCUCUCCUCUUGACGUCCUCACUAAGGAGCUCACAGAGAACCUUAAAACCCCUGACGGGGUUACUCUACGAAACAAGAUGACUUUGCCCAAGAGCGGACAGAGACUGGAAACCUCUACAAGCUGCUUUUAUCAGCCCCAGAGGAGGUCUAUGGUUUUCGACAACCGGACCAGUCGGCAGAUCGAGUGAGCCGCCUGAUGGACUCGUGAACUUCCCUAUCCUCACUAGAGAACAGUUGCUGAAUGUAAUGAGUUUCUCUUUGUUUUCUGCACCAUAUUCUUCUUGCUGACCAAACCUUCUCAACUAACAAGGUGCCAUUUAAUUCUACAGGCAAACCUUUUUUAUUUGUUAUAAAAUGCUGCUAAGAAACUUUAUCACAUCGAGGAGCUCUUGAAGAUAAAAGAAAUGCAUUUGAAAGUGAAGUAGCAUUUGUAUAGUGCUAACUGCUGUACAUUUCCGACUCACGUUGGUGGUGAGGAUGGUGAACAUGAAGAUGAAGUUCCAUUGAGUUACAAAGAAGUGUUACACGGAUCAAGCAAUCAAAUAAUUCAGGGUUUGCUGUUGCUGUUGUUGUUUUGGUCUGAUUUUUGAAGGAAAAAAAACUAAAUCUUGUCUUGUGUUCAUUUAAUUCUUCCAUCCAUAUCAAUUUCAGGGAUUACGAUAUGAUGGGAGACAAAAUCCGAUUGGAUACCUGAUAACUGAAAUGAAAUUAAAUGACUAAAAACAGAAAAAACCAACAACAAUUCUGCUUUAUCGCCUCGUGUCAUGUCAGUGUUUUAAAAAAGAGAAAAACAGGGAGAAAAAAAAUCUGAGAGAUUUUUAUUAUUUUUUUUUUUUUUGCCGUGUAGUAAAUAUGGGACGUGGCAAUACAUCAGAUAUGCAGUGUUAGAACAAUGGUGCAAUUAAUAUCCAAGGUGUCAAUGCACAUAUUUCCGUACAGCCUUAAAAACCUUGAAGUCUUGAUUCGUAAUCAUUAUUUCAGAUUGUAUUUUUUUGUUUAUUGUUUGCUACGUCUUCCAGCAUUUUUGGUAUAUUUCUAUUUGUAUUUGUACAGUAUAGCUUUAAUGGACAUGAACAGCUCGUCGUAAUGACACCGUCAAGGACGGCUUAUAAAUGUUGGAUGCCUGUAUUAAAUAUUCAAAAUGUGAUAAGUGCUUUUCAUCCAGGUUGCGCAACCGGAAAAAAACCUUCACGGCACCGUUUUUGAUGCUUAUUUUUAAAAAAUCCAUAGACGAAUAUAGGAAAAAAAAAUGCUGUCUACUUUAAUCACCUCCUUCCAGGAGUCGAUGUUGCUUAUGUAAUUCCUACGACGUCAAUGUUGCAUGUGCUCGACAUUGAUAUAAUAUAAUAUAAUAUAAUAUAAUAUAAUAUAAUAUAAUAUAAUAUAAAAUAGGCACAUGAAGUGUCGCAAUUUAAAACGAAAUAUCUACAAGGAAAAAAAUUACUGAUUGUAAAAAAAAAAAACCUGGAAAUCCAUUGUGUAUUUAUUUAUGCAAUUUGUAUCUCAUGUCAUUGAGCUUGUUACGGUCUUGAGAAUAUCACUGCUGUAUAAAACAAGUUGUCAUAUACAGCUGUGAAUCUAAAUCCUGGGGUCGUUGCUCUCAUCGUCUGAAGGACACACGGUGUAUGCGUUUUUUUUGCUGGGAUAUAGGCUUGCUUUGAAAAAGUUGAUUAUCUGAAAGUAGAUGUUUUGUUUGCGAGAAACAGAACGAUAGAAAGAUGUAGGUGAAGGUCCUAAAAUUGAUUUAAACACGCUCUCGUCUGUCUAAGGGGUUAAUCCUGCACACUGUUGCGCUUCGAGCUAAGAUCCAAACGUGUUCCGGUGCUUCAGCCGAUCUUUUUAGAGUGGCUCGUCUAAGGAUUUGAUGAUCACAUGAUUUACAAUGAUCCAGAUCAAUCAAAUAAACAGUCUUCUUCAUCUUUAGUCUACAAAUGGUUUAGUAGAAAGCUGUAACGUCUGGUGAUGAGACAGGUUUACGACGCGAGGCGGGUGUCCGUGAUGUCAACCGACAGCUUGGGCGCAGUUUUCUGUAUCGGAGGUUGAGGUUAUUCCGGGUCGUGUCGUGAUCAGUUGAGAUGAGAAUUCAGAAAAAAUAUCUCUCGCAGGGAUUAUCGAAGCUUCGGAAUUAGCACAGAGUGUACAAAUACAAAUGAGGAAUCUGCUCGGGCGCGCUGUGGACCGAUGAGGGCGUGUUGAAGAGUAUCACAGAGUAACGGUUGUAUGUUUUAAAGGACGAGAUGAAGCACAAAUGUACAUUCUAUACUGAAAGAAAUGUUAAUAACUGUAACCAAAGAACACUAAUUUUACUGUAAUGUAUUUUUUUAUUGCAUAAACUGGAUUUAUUAUCUGUACCCACUGUAAACAACACAAUAAAUACACCUAAUAUUUACUGUAGGCGGUG